AUGAGGAAGUUCCUGAGAGUUGGUGUGAUUUUGCUAUUUUUUGUGGUAGCAUUAGUGCAACCAAACGAGGCAUGUAGGGUUCUAAUUGAGGGCAAAGAGGAAGCGCGGGCUAACAAUAAGCCGAGCAUUCUUGUUUUCCAAACCCUGCAAAAGGGUACAGAGCCCUCUCCAGGAAAUCCGAUAGGCUACACUCCAGGCAACCCUAGACCCCCCGCUGACACCACCAACACAAGGGCCUUCAAGGGCAAAGAGGAAGCGCGGGCUAAUGAUAAGAAGAGCGUUCUUGUUCUCCAAACCCUGCCAAAAGGUACGGUGCCCCCUCCCGGAAAUCCGACAGGCUACACUCCAGGUAGCCCUAGACCCCUCACUGAAACCACCAACACAAGGGCCUUCAAGGGGAAAGAGGAAGCGUGGGCUAAUGAUAAGCCAAGCAUUCCUGUUUUCCAAACCCUGCAAAAGGGUACAGAGCCCUCUCCUGGAAAUCCGAUAGGCUACACUCCAGGUAGCCCUAGACCCCCCGCUGACACCACCAACACAAGGGCCUUCAAGGGCAAAGAGGAAGUGCGGGCUAACGAUAAGAAGAGCGUUCUUGUUCUCCAAACCCUGCCAAAGGGUACAGUGCCCCCUCCCGGAAAUCCGGCGGGCUACACUCCAGGUAGCCCUAGACCCCUCACUGAAACCAUCAACACAAGGGCCUUCAAGGGCAAAGAGGAAGCGUGGGCUAACGAUAAGACGAGUGUUCUUGUUCUCCAAACCCUGCCAAAGGGUAUGGUGCCCCGUCCUGGAAAUCCGACAGGCUACACUCUAGGCAGCCCUAGACCCUUCACGGAAACCACCAACACAAGGGCCUUCAAGGGCAAAGAGGAAGCGUGGGCUAACGAUAAGACGAGCGUUCUUGUUCUCCAAACCCUGCAAAAGGGUACAGUGCCCCCUCCCGGAAAUCCGACAGGCUACACUCCAGGCAGCCCUAGACCCCUUGUUGAAACCACCAACACAAGGGCCUUCAAGGGCAAAGAGGAAGCAUGGGCUAACGAUAAGACGAGCGUUCUUGUUCUCCAAACCCUGGAAAAGGGUCCGGUGCCCCCUCCCAGAAAUCCGCAAGGCUACACUCCAGGCACCCCAAAACCCUUUUCUGACACCAACACCAGGGCCUUCGCCGGUUGCGCAAUGGCUACUCCACAUGUGGUUAAUCCAGUCGCGUUCCUAAGUCAUGGCAUAACUGCUGAUCUCAUAUAG